UCUUCUUCCUUUUUUCUUGCUUUUCCUUUUCCUUUUCUUCUUCCUCUUGACAGAGUCGGAACCGAGCCUGCUGCGAUCCGACCCGAGCCUGCCGCACGCCAACUCCUCUGCGCACGCGACUUUUCUGCACACGCCAACGAUUUCCGACACGCAAACGCCGACUCUCUCUCUCUCUCUCUCUCUCUCUCUCUCUCGUUUUUUUUUCGGGACAAAACCGAAGCUCACACGAAAAAUUCGGGGGACUCAGACACGAAGAAAUUUUUCCCACAGCUCACGCUUUCCCUCAGCUCACCCACGGCUGGAAACCUCCGAGCUCGAUUUUCCGGAAUUUCCCCCAGCUCGGACGCCCAUCUCACACAUUCGACGUUCUCUCUCGGAUCCGAAACCCGCAACUCGCCCACGGAACGACUCCCUCAGUUCAACCUCGAAUCUCUCGGCUCCCUCACGCCCUCUCUUCCUCUUGAUUUCUUCGCCCCCAGCUCACCCGCGACCUUCGGAUCUCUCACCGACUUCGCCCUCGGCUCGUCCGGACUCCCCAGCCCGGAGCUCUCCCGCUCUCCCUCGCCUCGGCUCCCUUGGCUCCUCGUCCGGCCUCCAGUUCGCCUUUCGCCGCCACCCGAGUCGCUCGGCCGCCCCGAACCGAACCCCUCCUCCUCUGUUUCGUUAUUUUUUUUUUUGCUAACCGCCGGUUCCUCCUCUCCGGGCGAACACAGGUAGCCGCCCAACCGCCCGGCAGCCCAGCCAUUCGGUCCGGCCCAGCGGCAGCCGUUCAGCCCGGUUCAGCAGGGGUCCAGCCCAGCCAGCAGCGGCCCAUUCGGUCCAGCGAGCAGUCCGGCUCAUUCGGCCCAUCGUGGCCCAGCUGCUCCCUCCUGCGGCCCAAUUCCCUUCGCGGCCCAUUACCCGCGCGUUCGGCCCAGUUCGCCGCGCCCGGCCCAGCACUCGUCCGCUCGGCCCAGCUCCCGUCCAGCCGGUCUGCACUGUUCAGACCGCCUCCAAUCCGGUCCAACCGCACUGUUUCCGACUUAAACCGAGACUAGGUAACCAUAACUGGCGCCACAUCGUUAUCCCACUCGUCGGCAAUUGAGGAUGGCGCAAAACAACCAACCCGCUAGUUUCGAGGAAAGCACUCCACCAACGCCGGUCUAUUCUCAGCCGCUCAUGACUCAUGCACCGCUACCACCAACCCUUGCGGGCGCGCCUCCGACACACUCGGGAGUAGUUCCACCACCAGUCCCAUCGCCGGAAACUCGAGCACCAUCCACCUCCACUGAUGGUGCCCGCAUCGUCACAUUGGAAGGCGACAUCACCACAUUGAGGGGUACGAUCAACCAGAUGGCUGCUGACAUGGCCGAGCUCAUGGCCUUGCUCAAGGGCCCAAACCGCGCCUCCUCAAACUCUACUCCGCCUCCGGGGUACGAGCCAACGGUCGACCCUAACCCUUGGGUCCCGCCGACCCAUGCUCCGGAAGGUGUUGAAGCACCUACAAUACACGCACCGACGUGUCACCCGGCCAAUGUCCCUCCGCCAUCGGUGACUCUCUCGGCGGUCAUUCCUCCUCCACCGUCGGAUCCGACCACUCUUGUACCGCCGCCGAUGUCCAUAUCGGUUCCGGCUCCUGUUUACGUAGCUCCUCCGCCGAUGGUCUUCCCGGUACCAAACCUCCACGCUCCCGUUUAUACAUCCAAGCCUCUCACAUUCCAAGCUCCACAACCCCAUAUCAACUUCUCCUACCCAGCACCACCUCCCGUAAAUAUCCCUGUCUCUGAACCAAACACGCCAACUCAGGCGGCCUUCGCAGCUCCACUAACAAAUUGUCUCCUAGAGACGGAGGUCGAGCAGGAGCAGAGAUUGAAGAAGAUGGAAGAGAACAUCAAGGCCCUACAAUCAGGUGGAUCUCGCCUCGAUGCCGGCGAUGGCGAUUGGAUUCUUUUCCCGGGCAUGCGGCUACCCCCGAAGAUUAAGGUGCCUGAAUUCCAAAGGUACCAUGGCACGACCGACCCUCGUCACCAUCUCCGUCACUACAGGGGAAAGAUGUUGCAGUACUGGGACUACGAAGAGUUCGUCAUCCACACGUUCUGGGACAGUUUGGCGGGAGCGGCUCUUGACUGGUACAUGUCACUGAAAGCCGCGGAUAUCCCUACAUGAGCGGACCUAUCGGGUAAAUUCAUCGACCAGUACAAGCACUGUGCAGAGACGCCCCCGACCCUGUUGGAGCUCAGUACAAUGGAGAUGGCCGAUGACCAGAGCUUCGAGGCCUACGCAGUGAAGUGGCGGGCUAGAGCGGCGAAGCAUGUCCCCCCGAUCAGUGAAGCGCAACAAAUCCAGUUAUUCCACUCCACUCUCACAGGGGCCUACUACUUGCACCUAUUGGCCCAUACUUCCUCAUUCUCCAGUCUGAUCGACGCUGGGAAGAAGCUUGACAUAGGCAUCAAGCUUGGGAAGAUAGAAGGACCGACUGGAAAGGAGAGGCAGUCACCAAAGAAUGCCACUACUGCGCCAUCACCAACGAGUAACAAAAAGGGCAGAGACGCGUCCGUUAAUGCCGUCAGCCUUGGACGCCAAACACCCAUGCCGUACCAGCAGCAAUACCCGGCCCCGCCGAUUAACUACUCGGCGCUAUUAGCUUACCCUCCGCCACGAGCCCCGCAACCAUAUGGUUAUAAUUACGCGACUACCUCUCAUUGGGCAUCUCCAAAUGGGCCCCUAGCUUUAGGAGCUCCACCAACGGCUCAACAAGCCCCAACCUUGCAACCUCGACAAGGAGGGCAGGCCAGGCCACGUCUGCAAUACCCGCCUUUGCCGAUUCCCCAGUCACAAGUCUAUCGCCAACUUCUGGCAGAGAAGGAAAUUAGACCCGUGGCCCCUCAUCCUCAGUUCAAUCCCGCGAAUCAAGAUCAGAAUCUCCGUUGUGAAUACCACAUGGGUGCCCCGGGGCACACUACGGACGAUUGUUACACCCUUCGGGGCAAAUUGCAGGAGAUGAUUGAGAAGAACCAACUCUCUUUCAAUGAAGUCAAGCCGCCAAAUGUCCAAGCCAACCCCCUCCCUGACCAUGAAUCAAAUUCUGAUGCGGCUAUCAAUCUAAUCGGCAUUUGCCCUAGCGGCAAGGACAAGGUCGAAGAGGAAAAGCUGAUUUUCCCAUGAGACUACCUACAUAAAACGUUCCCUACGUGCAGUCGAAACUAUAAGCCGCACGGCGGAAGAGGAUUUUUUUGUUGUUGUAACGCAAAUGUCGAUCUUAAUGAAAAUAUCUUCGCAUGUUUUUG